CAUCAAAUGGAGAUCCCUGUGAUCGAUCUCAAGGGUCUCGCCGGCGACGAGUCCUCUAGGUCACGGACCAUGGCGCAGAUCCACGAGGCCUGCAAGGAUUGGGGCUUCUUCUGGUUGGAGAACCACGGCGUGGACGCAGCCGUCAUGGAGGACGUGAAGCGCUUCGUGCUCGGCCACUACGAGGAGCACCUCGAGGCCAAGUUCCACGCCUCCCACCUCGCCGGGAACCUGGACGCCGCGCAGGUCGACUGGGAGGCCGCCUACAGCAUCCACCACCGCCCCGAGACCAACAUCGCCGACUUCACGGAGAUCUCGCCGGCGACUCGCGAGCUGCUGGACGCGUACAUCGCCCAGACGGUGGCGCUGGCGGAGCUGCUCGCCGAGUGCAUGAGCCUCAACCUGGGCCUCGCCGCCGGCCACAUCCGGGCCGCGCUGGCGCCGCCCGCCGUGGGGACCAAGUUCGCCAUGUACCCGGCGUGCCCGCGCCCGGAGCUGGUGUGGGGCCUCCGCGCGCACACCGACGCCGGCGGCAUCGUCAUCAUGCUGCAGCUCAGAAACACGGAUACGGCAGGGAAGUCCCUGCAACUUCUAUUUCCUCACAUUCUUGUGACCGCCGAGCUUCCAUUCUUUCAUCCUUGUGUCUCCUCCCCUUUUUUUCUCUUUCCCACGGAGCGGCUGCCCGAGCGGAGCUGGCCAGAGGAGGUAGCGUCGGUGCCGGCGCGGGCCCUCUCACCGGCGCGCGCGUCCACCGGAGUGUGGGCGCGUCACCGUUGA